AUUCAUUUAUUAUAUCCACCAAUCCAAUUCCUUCAUAUAAAUGUAUAUAUGUAUGUAUUAAUCUUCAUUGUAAAACUACCUGCAACCAAAAAGAGUUAUGGGUUCUGCUUCAAAAUUCUUUCCUUUAAUUCUUAUCUUAACAACUUUCUUAUUCACAUCACUUUCACUUUCUAUUCCCUUCAUCCUUCUCCAUGGGAUUGCAGAUGAGUGUUCCAGUGCAAAAUCCAAAUUCUUUACUGAGUUUCUCAGCAACUCUUCUGGCUCCACUGGAUAUUGCAUAGAAGUUGGGAAUGGGCAAUGGGACUCCUGGUUUAUCCCUCUUGAAGAACAGAGCAGGAUUGUUUGUGACAAGGUGAAGCAAAUGAAAGAGUUGAGCGGUGGGUAUAACAUAGUUGGUCUUUCUCAGGGUAACUUAAUUGCUCGAGGACUAGUCGAGUUCUGCGAUGAUGCACCCCCCGUCAAGAAUUAUGUCUCCCUGGCAGGGCCUCAUGCCGGAACAGCUUCUGUUCCUCUAUGUGGUUCUGGCGUUUUCUGCAUAAUUGCCGACGGAUUAAUCAAGUCAGACGUCUAUACCGAUUAUGUCCAAGAUCAUCUGGCUCCUAGUGGUUAUCUAAAAUUACCAAUGGAAAUCCCAAAGUAUCUGGAAAAAUGCAAGUUUCUUCCAAAGCUUAACAAUGAGCUUCCUGAUCAAAAGAAUUCGAGUUAUAAGCACCGACUCAGUAGCUUGCAGAAGUUGGUGCUUAUCAUGUUUGAGGACGAAGAAGUUGUGAUACCGAAGGAAACUUCCUGGUUUGGAUAUUACCCAGAUGGAGCUUUCAACCCAGUCAUUCCUCCACAACAGACAAAGCUUUACACAGAGGAUUGGAUUGGUUUAAAAACGUUAGAUGAUACCGGAAAAGUAGAGUACGUUGCUGUACGUGGGGGCCAUCUAAACAUAUCCACACAAGAUAUGCAGAAGCAUGUUGUACCUUACUUGGUUUGACGCCGCUUCUGUUAAAAGUAACGGAGAUCUACACAAAUUAUGCAGAAUCAUGUUGUACCUUACUUGGUUUGACGUUACUUCUGUUAAAUAUAACGGAGAUUUACGCACCAGAUGGAUAAAUGCCCGUCUAUGGAUUGAUGUACUCCGUCACUGACGUUAUUUUUCACCCCAGCUUUCGUGUACCAAAUAUUAAUAGCACUUAUUAUUAAUCCUUAUAUUUAAUUUUACGUUAAGA